UGCCUGUCUCUUUGAAAGCCACUCAAGUGUAUGUCUUAUGAGCGGUAUUUGGUCAUCCACAUUGUAAAUUCUGCCACCCUGCAUAUCUGGGUUUUGAAAGGGUGUAGAUAUUUCUUUAACUAGGCAGGGUGAGGAGCACAAAAAACAGCAUUGAAAUUGUCUUCCAUUUGCAGGGCUGGCAUUUAUGAAUAUGGAUGCUCCCAAUCACCAAUAAGAUUGCUCUUGCAUGGCUGUGUUAUCAGACACUGAAAAAUGUAAAUGUGUUUUAUUUAUUUUUAUUUUUUUCCAUUUCGAUUUUCUUUCACUAAAUUGAUUUUACUGUACAAACAUGAGUUGUACAAGUUAUGCACAUCCGAAAGCAAAGCUUAAUAUCCUGCUUAAAUGGUUAGGAUUAUCUGGUAUGUUCAGACCUGUCUGCCAUCAUUGAAAUUCUUUUUUUCUUUUUUAGUUUAGUGAAUUUAGUGUUGAUGUGGCCUUUUGGAUGCAUAACUUCACAGCGCUCUAAGAGUGCUUUCUUUGCAGUUAGAAGGUGUUGAAAGACGUGGCUGAUGUGCUAAACUGAAGAUUUCUCUUCCCCUCCCCUCUGUAGCAAUGCCAUGGGACUGGCAGAGGCAGAGUCUCAGGGUUGCACUGUUCAGGCUGAGGCAAGUCAGACCUUUUUUUCCCUCCCUAAUUUUCCUCUCACACCAGGGGCCCUCACAGCUCUCCUCUGGGCUGUUGGAUGCCAGCGUCCCCAAACUUGCAGCAAGUUUGGCGAAGGCCCUUGAAUCUGUUCACUGUAGGCACUGCCACUGACUAACCACUUUACUUAUGCAAGUUCCUUGUCACUAUACAUACUUAGUAGUUGCCAGGGUGGGUUGAGUUGGGAAUUACAUAGACAAAGCAAAAGGCACAUUGUUGACAUUGUUGGAAAAUAUCCUAUACUGUUUGUUAAUGGUGAUUCAGUGACAACAUCUGAGCACAGAUCACAUAUGUUACCUGGUAAAAAAGAGAGGUUGUAACUGUAAGUAGCCUUGCACAGGUCCAUAUCCUGCCCCCCCACCGGCCAAAAUAAGCACUUAGCUGUUCUUUAAUGAGUGAAGUGUGAAACGUUUCAAACACAUGGUCCAUGCCAUUCAUAUGCUCUUUGUCUCCAUCAGCUGACCAACAGCAUUUCAGCACUCGCUAUUAGCUGCUCAAAGUCGAGAGUGCCACCAUUUACAGGUUAGUUUAUCCUGUAAGUAUCAGACUCGGGCUAGCAUAGUUCUGUCUCAUGUUCAGGCAUUCAUUAGCUGUAAUUGUUGACAAAAGGACUGGACAUACAUUGUCCAUUUUGAAGUUCUAGUACCCUAUGGGUUUUGACUCUGUAACAUGUAACACAACUACAGCAUUAGUGCAUGCAGUGUAUGUGAUGAAAGUCUCUGGGGAAGAUGGCGUGACUGUGAAGAGUUUGUAAGCUCCAUCUAAUCCUCUAGUGCCUUUGAUUCCUCUGAUCUAGCAGUGAUUCCCCUGAGGCUUUCAGGGAUUCAGGGUCUGCUAACAGACUCUUUUGGUAAGUACAGGAGAAUCCAGCGUUUUUGGUGUCGAUCGUGUUUUAGCCCAGGAGGUCAGAGAAUGAGUCUGGGAAAAAAAAUGCAAGGAAAUGACAGCUCAGCCAGGUAGGACUUUUACCUGAUAAUUCUCCACACAAGGAGAGAGAGGCCCUGGCAUUCAUCAAGAAUUGCUCCAGUCUGUUUUUUGUGAUGCAGUGAAUUCAAACAUGGAAAGCUAAAGAGUGCUACAUUCAUAUUUUUUGUAAGUCCUACUCUUCUUGCCUUGAUGAUCUCAUACUGUUGGCAUACAUUCUUGGAGAGUUGAUUUUUAAAAGCAUCCAAAGGAACUGGCUCCCACACAUUCCUCCUUCUUUCAGAUUUCUUUAACUAGCUUCACUCAUUUUCAAGGGGUUACCAGUCUAUCCCUGUUACUACCCCUGCCCCGGGUUACCAGUCUAUCCCUGUUACUACCCCUGCCCCGGGUAUAUCCCUGUACUACCCCUGCCCCGGGUCUAUCCCUGUACUACCCCUGCCCCGGGUCUUCCCCUUGGAGCUUUCUGUAUAGAGCUGUGGGCUACAUGUGUUGGAAUAUCCAGUAAAUAGACCAAUGGGAUCAGGGAAUCUGCCGUGGAUCUGAGGAACACUUUCAGACCUAGUGGACUUGUUCUUUGUUACCUUAAUGUAGAGCCGUAAGUUCUAGAAGUGUCUUGCCAUCACCAAUUCAAUUUUCCCUCUGACUGCACCUGGCUGCAGCAGGAAAUUAUUAUUAUUGAAGCCAUGUCAUCUUAUGUUAUACUCCCAGUUUGCUGCUACUUGUGCUCUUCCACCAAAUCAGGAAUGACUAGUUAUCAUUUCAAUGUGCAUAUUUAAUGUCUACCUACUGUACUUUUUUGUCUCAUGUCUCGGCUGGACUUAUUCUAAGAACUCCUGCACUCUCGCCACAUGCCAUGGAAUUUUUGCUGAGGAAAGUGCAUCCCUCCUACACAUUCUAUCCAAAGUCCCAGACAUCCAUAUUACUUUUUGCCACACCCAUCAAAUACAGAGUCUCAUUUUGUGAGGUCCCCAUUUUUUGAUGGUUAUAACUGAUAAAUUCCUCUCUACAUAUCAAAUUAAUUUCCAGUAUCCAGUAUCAGCAUGGCGCCUGCAAAUGAGCAAUUCUUUUUGACUGCCAGUGCAUUGUUUUGACUCCUGUAGUCAGAGAAGCUUUGUUUGUAACAUUUUGAAUGUGCUUCACACAGAGCUUCACAUUAGAUAGUCAUAAAUCCACAAGUAAAAAUGAGUUUUGAAGUGUUUGCUGUCAGUGAAGUUGAAGGCACAAUCCUAAAUGCAAUUUUAACAAAGGCGAAGGCAGAAACGAUACAAAUGGACCUUCAACUAAAUUAUUAAGUGUGACAGCACAAAAAGUGCACAUAGAGGUAGGUCACUGCAAAUAUCUAAUGGGUAAUUGCCUAGUAAGUUACAGGUAAGCAUAAAUGUUAAGCCGUUCCUCUGGAUCGCUGGCUGUUAUGGUAUGUUGAACCAGACAACCUACUCCAUUCCAUUUUGUCUUUCAUUAUAGGAAAAUAAACAAUUUACACUGAAAUGUGAGACAUUUAAAACAUCAUUAGCAUGAGACAGGUCUGAAUCAGGUUCAAAUGGUACAGUAGGCAUUUGAAUUGGGAUUUAAUCACUAAAGAAUUCAAUAAGAUGGUCUGAUCGAACGCUUAUACAUUACAUACUGUUUUGAAGUUAUAGUUGCACUUGCCAGCUUCAGGGCAUUUGCUGGAAAAAGUACCUUUUCAGGUAAUUUCUCAGUACAUGUAGUCAAUAUAACAGUUCUUAAACUUUGUUCUUUUUGUCUGCUUUACUUGAUUGGUAUUGUUCUACUGUUUGACAGCUGUUUGAUGUACUUCUGUAGCUGCAGCUUUGUCAUCACCAUGCUGCAAAAUGAUAAAUGUGUGAACAUGCAUUGAGUUUACAUGAGUGAACAGCUGAACUGCAAGUUCUCAACUAAAUAAAUAAACUUUUUUUGGCCCCACAACCCUGUUCCAGUGGUCUUUUUGUUGUCUGAUUUGCUAUCUCCUCCAACCCAUUGUGACGUAACGAGAUUGUGAUUUUUUUCUUCUCAAGGCAGACUUCCUGUUUGAAGGUGGAGCAUGCUUCUGUUAAUCUCAGCAGCUAGGGCGUUCAUGACUUCAGUGCCUCAUGAUAUUCACAAAAGCCAGUAUUUCUCAGACGUGAAGACGCAAACUUUAGGAAGCUAAUGUUCAUGUUCUUGUUCCUUUUAUUUAACCACAGCAUGAGGAUCCUCAGUUCUGUGCUUUGGAUAUUAGGCAUUCAAGCAAUAGCGUCCCAGGAACUACUGUACGUCCAAACAGCGGAAGGAGAGUCCGUGACCAUUUACUGUGAACCGGAGGAGAAGAAACCACAACUGAUUGGCUUUUACCUGGACCACUCGUCCACUCUGCCAAAGAGAGAGGUAGUCUUCCUGUCUGAGAACGGACGGGUAAAGGAGAGUCCAUCCUACGCUGGCCGCGUUCAGAUCAGUGGAAGCUUAGCAUCUUCCCAGAUAAAUGUGUCCGUCUCCCAGGUACGACGUACUGACACCGGCCUGUACACAAGCAGGUUUAUUUACAAAGACGACUCAACCAGCCAAGACAGCACUCGCCUCUUUCUUCAUGUUACAGUCUCAGAGGAAGAUUGCCAGUGCAGUCGUUACACAUCUCUGCUUUAUGCCAUCUCUGCAGCAGUAGCCCUGCUCUCCCUCCUGCUCAUUGGCUUCUGCCUGAUGCAACAUAGCAAACAGAGGCCAAAUUCAAAGCCGCCGCCACCUCCAAGUGACAUUUAUGAGGUGAUGUCCAUCGGGCAGCAGAGAAACUGUGUGACCCAGAAUAGCCAACAGAUGGCCACCCAGCAGGAGGACAUGAACAUAUACGCCACCCCUGACCAGACGCCCGUGCAGGAGAAUCACUACGCAAGUCCUCAGACUUCAAGGCCUGGCCCUCACACUCAGACUUCUGUUCUGUGACAGUUCUGAUUCCUUGAGGAUUCCUUCUUCAAGGACAAAUUCGAAGAGUUCAGGAAUUUCUGACACAAGGACGGUUUAAUCGUUAAUUAAUGUUACUGUGUCCAUCAAUACUAUGAAUUUAUGAGGAAAGGUGGUGACUAUGGAAUAUGUGGCCCACUGUGCCUGUCCAUUUCUAUUGCUGUGGGAGAUUGUGUGUAGCCUAUACUAAAAGCAAUGUAUGACAUCAUCUCCUUCAGUGUACUGUGUCCUGUAUAUGACUGUGGAGAAAAUGUUGUCAGUUUUUAGUAAAGCAUCUGCUUUUGUAUGAUCAUGGACUGCUGGUUAUGUGUAGACUUUUAUGCAAGACGCCUUAGUGAAAGAUACAAAAUGUGCAUGUUUAGCACCACAGGUUAACAAAGCUUCACUCAGUCCCCCCAGGAUUUCGCGGGCCUUUUUUGUGAUAGUUGCGGCCUAAAAUUACUGAUUUCGCAGGGGCUUUUCCAACAAGUUGCGGUGAAAGUUGCGGUGUUUUUUAGGUGUUUGUUGCGAUGAAAUUGCGGGAGCAAGUGAAAGUUGCGAUAAAAGUUGCGAAUUUCCCUCUUUGUAAUUAUAAUUAAGUUAUUUGUUGAA